UUACUCACUCACUCCCUCCUUUCUCUCUCUACUCAUCCAGUUUCACCAAAUUAACUCAAUUUCACCCAAUUUAAUUCCCUCUCUCUCAACAACAAAUUCACCAUCUUUUCUAUUAAAUUUUCUUCUCUUCUUCUGCUGCUGCUAAUUCAUGCAAGGCGGUGUUCUGGCUGGUGGCUGCGGCGGUUUUAUAAGCGGCUCCAUGUCGACAAUUUCAAGGGAAUUAGACGACACAACAACAACAACCACCGCCAUGUCUUCGGAGGAUUCAUCUAGCCCGGAUGACUCCGAGCUCGAAUUGGGACUCGGGUUGAGCCUUGGUUUCAAUCAUCAUCAUCAUCAUCAAGUUGUUAUAAAGGGUAAUUCUUGUCAUAAUUAUGAUUAUCCUAGAAUCUUGACUGCUAAAGAUAUGCCUUCUUCUCAGUACGCUUCUUCUACGACGUCGUCUUCUUCUACUUUGAGCAGAAGUAGUGGUAAUAAUAAUGUGGGUACUAAGAGAAGUGCUGCUGAUUCUCUCUCUGCUGCUCAACAGAAUUCUGCUUCUAGCAGUCAGGUUGUUGGUUGGCCUCCUAUAAGAGCUUAUAGAAUGAACAGCAUGGUUAACCAGGCAAGAUCAAUGGCCACCGAAGAAUUUAACUCAAUGGUUGGAAAAAGUAAAGGCAACAAUACUUUGGUGGAGAAUACUAAAAAUGGAAACAACAUUAACAGUUUUUCGAAGGCCAGGACUUCCCUCUUUGUCAAGGUUAAUAUGGAUGGCAUUCCUAUAGGAAGGAAGGUUGAUCUGAGUAGUCAUGGUUGCUAUGAGGCCUUAGCUCAAACAUUGGAAGAUAUGUUCCUCCGACCUGCUCCAACUAUCAAUGCAAUACGAUCGAGUGCACCAGAACAUAACAUCAUGGUAGAUGGAACUAGGCGGCCAAAAUUACUGGAUGGUUCAUCUGAUUUUGUGCUUACUUAUGAGGACAAGGAAGGGGAUUGGAUGCUUGUUGGAGAUGUUCCUUGGGGGAUGUUCCUUACCUCUGUGAAGAGGCUCCGAAUCAUGCGGACGUCUGAGGCAACUGGACUCGGUAAAUAAACAUGAUAAAAUACAACUCGAACAUUCUGAUUCGCCAUGAUGCUGCAUUUCCAUUACUAAUCAUGUCAAGUUAAUGUUUAAUACAUAGCUCCGAGAUUGCAUGAAAGGAAUGGGGUAUAUAAAAACAUUCCUAUCUCGAUAUUUCCCCUUAAAUUAAGUAUUCUGAAGACAAUAUAUGGCUUGAAGAGUGAUAUACAAAGGAGAAAAAUAAACAAUAAGGAAGGCUUUUCGAAAAGUAAUCAUGACCGGUUUUUUGCGGCUUUGUUUUUGUUUUUUUGGUUUGGGUUACAUAUUACCAAACCAUGUUAUUGGUUCAUUCUUGUUUUACAUAUGGAAAUACUUAACAAAGUUUUUGAAAGGUAUAAAAGCGUUACUUUUUGGUGUAA